GCGCCAGAAGCGGCAGUAUCAGUAGUUCGGGUCAGCCAGCCCAGUCAACAGCACUCCUCGCUGUCUUUUAUUCCCUUUUUCUUAAAUUAGCCACUUUAAGCUUCGCGAUACCGCCCCCAAUUUCAGCGUCGGUACGGAGCCGCCAGGCCGGGACAGAGUCGGAGAGCGAGGCCUCGGCAAUGGAAGCGCUCGGACCCGGCCCGCCUGCUCCUACCUCUCUGUUCCAGCCUCCGCGGCGUCCCGGCCUUGGCACGGUGGGGAAACCCAUCCGUCUCCUGGCCAACCACUUCCAAGUGCAGAUUCCCAAGAUUGAUGUCUAUCAUUAUGAUAUUGACAUCAAGCCUGAGAAACGGCCGCGGAGGGUCAACAGGGAAGUGGUGGACACCAUGGUGCGGCACUUCAAAAUGCAAAUUUUUGGAGAUCGACAACCUGGCUAUGAUGGGAAGAGGAACAUGUACACAGCGCACCCACUGCCGAUAGGAAGGGACAGGGUGGAUUUGGAGGUGACCCUACCUGGCGAAGGCAAAGAUCAAACCUUCAAGGUUUCCUUGCAGUGGGUGUCUGUGGUCAGCCUUCAGAUGCUCCUCGAAGCGUUGUCCGGUCACCUGAACGAAGUCCCGGAGGACUCCGUUCAGGCUCUGGAUGUCAUCACGCGGCAUCUCCCUUCCAUGAGAUACACUCCAGUGGGGCGUUCCUUCUUUUCUCCUCCUGAGGGCUACUACCAUCCUUUAGGUGGAGGCAGGGAAGUGUGGUUUGGUUUCCAUCAGUCCGUCCGUCCCGCCAUGUGGAACAUGAUGCUCAACAUCGAUGUGUCGGCCACUGCUUUCUACCGUGCCCAGCCGGUGAUCGAGUUCAUGUGCGAGGUUUUAGAUAUCCAGAACAUCAACGAACAAACCAAACCCCUGACUGAUUCGCAGCGUGUCAAAUUUACCAAGGAAAUUAGAGUUUUUUUUCCUUGCGCCUUGACAGGCUUGAAAGUGGAGGUCACCCACUGUGGCCAGAUGAAGAGGAAGUACCGCGUGUGCAACGUCACCCGCCGGCCGGCUAGCCACCAAACGUUCCCCUUACAGCUGGAGAAUGGCCAGGCAAUGGAGUGCACCGUCGCCCAGUAUUUUAAGCAGAAGUACAAUCUGCAACUCAAGUAUCCUCAUUUGCCCUGUCUGCAAGUAGGACAGGAACAGAAGCACACUUAUCUGCCAUUGGAGGUCUGCAACAUCGUAGCCGGACAACGCUGUAUUAAGAAACUCACAGACAACCAGACGUCCACCAUGAUCAAAGCUACCGCUCGCUCCGCCCCUGAUAGACAAGAAGAGAUCAGCAGACUGGUCAAAAGCAACAGCAUGGUCGGGGGCCCGGACCCGUACCUGAAGGAAUUUGGCAUUGUGGUUCACAAUGACAUGACCGAGGUGACCGGACGAGUGCUCCCUGCGCCCAUGCUACAGUAUGGGGGCCGGGUGAGUACAGAUACCGGGAGGGACUGCGGCAGGGGACUCUCUCCGCAGAAUAAAACGGUGGCCACGCCCAAUCAGGGCGUGUGGGAUAUGAGAGGCAAGCAGUUCUACGCCGGUAUCGAGAUCAAGGUCUGGGCCGUGGCUUGCUUCGCGCCGCAGAAACAAUGCCGAGAGGAUCUGCUCAAGAGCUUCACUGACCAAUUGCGUAAGAUCUCAAAGGAUGCCGGGAUGCCCAUUCAGGGCCAGCCAUGUUUCUGUAAAUACGCCCAAGGGGCGGACAGUGUGGAGCCUAUGUUUAAACACCUCAAGAUGUCUUACGUGGGGCUGCAGCUCAUUGUUGUCAUCCUGCCUGGAAAAACACCCGUCUAUGCUGAGGUGAAGCGUGUUGGGGACACUCUCCUCGGAAUGGCCACUCAGUGUGUUCAGGUGAAGAAUGUGGUCAAGACGUCCCCGCAAACGCUCUCCAACCUCUGCCUCAAGAUCAAUGCCAAGCUGGGAGGCAUCAACAACGUCCUGGUGCCGCACCAGAGGCCGUCCGUGUUCCAGCAGCCCGUCAUCUUCCUGGGCGCAGAUGUCACUCAUCCCCCAGCAGGUGACGGCAAGAAACCAUCCAUAGCGGCGGUGGUGGGCAGCAUGGAUGGCCACCCGAGCCGUUACUGCGCCACAGUUCGAGUCCAGACGUCCCGUCAAGACAUGUCCCAGGAGCAGCUCUUCAGUCAGGAAGUCAUUCAAGACCUGACCAACAUGGUGCGAGAGCUACUGAUCCAGUUUUACAAGUCCACACGCUUCAAGCCAACUCGUAUCAUCUAUUAUCGCGGCGGUGUGUCUGAAGGCCAGAUGAAACAGGUCGCAUGGCCGGAGUUGAUAGCCAUCAGGAAGGCGUGCAUCAGUCUAGAGGAGGACUACCGGCCGGGCAUUACCUACAUUGUGGUCCAGAAGCGUCAUCACACUCGUCUUUUCUGCUCUGAUAAAGCUGAGAGGGUUGGGAAGAGUGGCAACGUACCAGCCGGCACCACGGUGGACAGCACCAUCACGCAUCCGUCCGAGUUUGAUUUCUAUCUGUGCAGCCACGCUGGAAUUCAGGGUACCAGUCGUCCAUCCCACUACCACGUCCUGUGGGACGACAACUGUUUCACGGCCGACGAACUGCAGCUUCUCACCUACCAGCUGUGCCACACUUACGUCCGCUGCACGCGCUCCGUCUCCAUCCCGGCGCCCGCUUACUACGCCAGGCUGGUGGCUUUCCGGGCUCGAUACCAUCUGGUGGACAAAGACCAUGACAGUGCUGAGGGAAGCCAUGUGUCAGGUCAGAGUAACGGCCGUGACCCUCAGGCUUUAGCCAAGGCGGUUCAGAUCCACUAUGACACCCAGCACACCAUGUACUUCGCCUAAACUAGCGAGCUUAUCUGCCCGUCCACACGUGGACUCGCAUCCCGUCUGUAUUUUUCUUUUUUAUCCAUUAUAUCCUCGUCUUUGUACUUCCUCAUCACAGUCACUUUUUUUUUUCUUUUUCUAAAUGUGCACCAAAGCGACAAUUUGACGGGAUUCUAUACGCGGUAGCUUUUUAAUGAAACAAGCUUAAGCUUAGUCUUCCCAGUCGGGUCGCCAUUCUAACCAGCAAUUUGGCACGGAAAACCCUUAAGGGUUUCCGGCGCACGGAAAAAUGACAGGAAAAUAACAAGAAAAAAACCACACACACAUACUACUACAUAAUUGAGCCAUUAUUUUUCUUUUUUUUUUUCUUUUUUCUAUCUGAAUGUCUACACUCGUAUUUUUAAGAUACUGAGCAACGGAGUGUUUCAGCCACCAUUUGGUGUCGACGAAACUCUUUGGCUCUCCCAGCUAGGCGGAACUCUGAUCUACUUUUACCUCAAAGCCCACUCGGGCAAAAUCUGUCACAAGGUCUUGGGUUUUAUCGGGAGGGAACUCUACAUGAAGAGAUGGAGCGGGGAGGGGCAAGGGGGGUGGGGGUUGACCUUUUGAGAAUGAAUAUAUAUAUUCUAUAUUUUUUUUCCUUUUUAUGAGUGUUUUAACUUUUUUCCUCUUUCAGUCUUUUACAAACGAGGUGACCUGGGUGUUCAUGCCCAUUACUACUUUCCUCCCAUCCUUGCGGAAGAGUAGCCGGUGUUUGUGUAAAUAUAUGUUUUGUGUGUGCGCGCACAAGCUUUCAUGGCAGGCCACUGAAUUGUAAAGGGAAAUUGAGGAGCUAACUGCUGUAAAUGCCUCAGAUUUGUUGUUUUUUUAUAUUCAAGUAUACAGUACAUAUAAAUCAUAUUUACAUCUCUAGAGCAGCUUUGAGAGAAAUGAAUUCAGCGAGGAGGUUUUAGCAGUCCUGGGUCGCUUAUAGAUUCAAAUUAAGUUCGAUUUUUGGACUACCAUAGGCGGGAUUUGCACACGUGCUGGGCAAACUGUUGAUUUUUAUUUUUUUUUUUUUUUGGAUAGAAAGUGAUAUUUCAUCUAGGGAACAAUAUCUGAGGUCUGGCCGGGGACGGGCUCUGCUUUGGGAGCUGCUGUUUGGGCUUAAGGCCUAAAAACACAGCAGACGUAUCAGCGCCGCCUUCGGUGUGACAAAUAGGAUUUUUCUUUGGACCUGAUUAUCGGAAAGAUUUUAUGAUGACACUGCUGGACGUUGUUUUUUUUAUGGUGGUAAUUUCUAGGGCCAGAAAGCAGAGUAGUUAUGUUUUUUUUUUUUUUUUAGGUCUCAUUUGCAAAUGAUGACCAAUUCAUUGCACUGACCCGGGACACUAGGCAAGCAACAGAGGGCACUCUCGAUCUCUAUUACCUUUAUGCAUUUAUACAUACGAAUCAAUAAAGCAGAUUUGUAAAUUUUUAAUAUAAGGAUGUUUUGUGGUUAUCUUAAAAAAAAAAAAAAAAACGGUUGGUUAGAAUUUAGUGCUACCGUGUUAUCGUGGUUGUCAAUGUUGUAAUUGUUGUGAUUGAAAAUUUUAGUCGGGGGGCGGGUGAAUUGUUUGGAGUAGUUCAGGGGGUUGGCUGGAGGUCACGAGUUGGGAUUUUGUUGUAGCAUCGCGGCUAAUGGGCGAGAAGACGUGGAUGGAUUAACUCAUGCUUCCUUUGUUGGUCUUCAACUUGAAGCUUGGUGUCGAAAUUGGGGCUUCCGUGUAGCACUCCAGAGUCGGUUUUGACCAGUUAGAUGGAGACAAUCAGGGAUCGUAAUUGUAGCGGAGCUAGAUUUGGGGGGGGUGUUGUAUUUUCAAACGGUUUGCGAUAGGCAAUGAGAUUCCUUUUUUUUUUUUUAUAUAAAUGGUUUCAAUUCUUCUGUAUGUAUUUGAUGUAUACCACUCUUACUCUUAAAGGUCUUUGCUAUACAAGUGUUUCUUAUUCUCAUGCAUUUUUAACACUGGAUCGAAUGAGUUAGCAUGAGCACUGCCCCUGGUUUCUAUUAACGCCCAUUAAACGGUCACUUCCGGAGUUGCACAAGUGGCGCCUCCCCGGGUUUUAUUUCCGGACGGUCUGAGAGCGAUGGGGGUGGCAGUCGGCACGCACGCCUCAUCAGGGGGGUACAGCUCAAAAGUCAAAACCCUUUUGUAAUAAACCACCCGUAAAGCAGCAGGUUUAUUAUGAAUGAGUUUGAGCACUUACCUGUUGUAGGCGUGUGCGUUGGCGUCAAGCCGAGAAUUUGAGAGGCUUGUCCGGAUUUUGAAUGCAAAUAAGUGAAGGGAGGCGCUAUGGAAGGCUUUUAUUCUUCAUCUGGUUUUUACAAAUUGAAUAUUUAAUGAAGCUUAAGCCUGAUGAACUGCAGUGCUGUUUGUAAAAUGGCAGCAUCAAGCAAUAUAACCCAGUUCGACUUUUAAAAUGCAGAAACACAAAGCUGUUAUUUUCAUUAUUUUUUUUUUUUAUUGUCUUCUGUCCUUGUAGUUUUUUUCCCCCCCAUGUUUCAUUUGCUUGUGUCAAUCAGUGGGGAUGUGCAUUUGACAUUUGGUGGUAUAGUUACAUAGAUUUUAGACACAUUUUGUUGACUAGGUUUUGCUUGCCUGCAUGCCAGAGUAUUCUACUUAAAAAAAAAAAAAAAAAAAAAAAAAAGGGGGGGGUUUUGAAUUAUAUUUAUAAGGCUUAAAAAAAAUCUUUUUUUGGUGUCAAUGUAUCACUUUAUUGAAACUGUUUAGCAAUAUCUGUUCAAUUUUUUUGUGAUCUUCCCACACAAUGUCAAUUUUGUCUAUUGUACGGCAAAGAUGUAUCGGGGGGGGGGUCUGCUCUUUUGGUCGUGUUCAAAUUCAAACGAGGUACUUUAUUCAUAAAUCAUGUCCGUUUAAGAGCAUACCCCCCCUCCUCUUUUUGCCGAGUUAUAGUGAGCCUCCAUAUUUGUCUCCUUCUUCCUGGUUCAUACCUGUGGCCAAGCCUCUUUAGAUUGUCUCCUUUCUCCACAAAAGGGUUCCCCUCUUUUUACCUCUUAUAAAUUAAGACUUAUUUCUGUCCCAAAAAAGGGGAGGGUGAGAAACUGUUACAUUCCCAUUAUCACUCUGUUAUAUCAAUUAUCUUAAUAGAGUUCUUUGUGUAUUUUUAUUUUUGGCAAGGAGGGAGCUGUUUCAGCUCUGCUCCAAUUUUUUUUUUUUUUUUUGUCAUCUCGUGUUCUCUAAUAGCAAUACAAAGGAUUGGAACGCUUCAAUUCAAGCUAUCCUACACUUUUUUUUUGACCAGUAGAAGGGGCAUGUUGUAGAACCUCCCCUAUAUUUGGCCAUUCACACUGUAUUGCUAUUAUGAAAAGCUCAAAUAAUUGUUUUUUAGCCUGCAGGGAAUUAUUGUGUUUAUGUGCAAAGUAAUAAAUUGGUAUUUUAUGCCUGUAA